AUGAGUCAAUGCUCAAUAAUAGAUGACCCCGACGGACAAAGUUUCUUCCAUGUUCUAGCUUAGCUUCUUUCAUUCAAGAGAAUUCUUUCAUGUUCUAGAGAGAGCCUAUAAAGUAGUUUAUAAAACAAUCUAGUUCUCUUUACAUUUCUUGCAAAAUAGUAGUAAUGGCUGAUGACCAGCUCCAUAUUUUUUUCUUUCCAAUGAUGGCUCACGGCCACAUAAUUCCUACUUUGGACAUGGCCAAGUUAUUCGUUUCGCGUGGUGCAAAGGCAACUAUUAUUACCACUCCUUUGAACUUACCCAUCUUCACCCAAGCCAUUGAAAAAAUCAAACACUUGGGAUUUGAAAUUAACGUCAAAGCCAUCAGAUUCCCAGCAGUGGAGGCUGGUUUGCCUGAAGGAUGUGAAAGAAUGGAUCAAUUGACUUCUGAUGAUUUGGUUCCCAAGUUCAUCAAGGCUACCACCAUGCUUCAAGAACAACUCGAGCUACUCCUCCGUGAAUGUCACCCCAACGCUCUCGUUGCUGACAUGUUCUUCCCUUGGGCUACAGAAUCUGCAGCCAAAUUCGAUAUCCCAAGAUUGGUAUUUCAUGGAAUGGGCUUCUUUGCUCUUUGUGCUUCGGAGAACCUUAGGCACUACAAGCCUCAGAAGAAUGUGAGCUCAGAUACCGAACCUUUCCUUGUCCCAAAUCUUCCCCAUAAGAUAAAGCUCACAAGGAUGAAAUUAGCUCCGCAUGAUCGAGAAGAAACAGAAAUGACUAAGUUCAUGGAACAAGUGAAGAAAUCCGAGUCAACAAGUUUCGGGGUCAUUGUCAAUAGCUUCUAUGAGCUCGAACCAGAUUAUGCUGACUACUACAGACAUGUUUUGGGUAAAAGAGCAUGGCACAUUGGACCUAUUUUGCUCUGCAACAGAAAAAACGAGGAAAAACUCCAAAAAAAUGAGGACAAACAUGCAUGCUUACAAUGGCUAGACACAAAGAGACAAAGUUCAGUAAUGUACGUUAGUUUCGGAAGCAUGUCGAACUUGACUGAUUCCCAAAUUGAAGAAAUUGCACUAGGCCUCGAAGCUUCAGAGCAAGAAUUCAUAUGGGUAGUGAGAAAAGGCAAGAUUCCAGAAGGAUUCGAGGAAAGAACAAAAGAAAAAGGACUAGUCAUAAGAGGAUGGGCACCCCAAGUGCUAAUUCUUGAUCACCAAGCUAUUGGAGCUUUUUUAACUCACUGUGGAUGGAAUUCGACCCUCGAAGGAGUAUCAGCAGGCGUGCCAAUGGCGACGUGGCCAAUGUUUGCGGAGCAAUUCUUUAACGAGCAAUUGAUAACAGAAGUAGUGAGAAUUGGAGUUGCAGUUGGGGCAGAGAAAUGGAGCAGAGAGGUGGAAAAUGUGAAAAGUGAAGCAAUUGCAAAGGCAGUAAAGCGUGCAAUGGUUGGGGAAGAAUCAAAGGAAAUGAGGAGAAGAGCAAAAGAAGUUAAGAAAAUGGCAAACAAAGCUGUCGAAGAAGGUGGAUCAUCUUACAGUGAUUUGAAUACACUGUUUCGAGAUUUAAGGACCCUUAAUUUCCAGAAGUAAAAUUAUAGUACUAUACAUUCCUUUAAAUCCAUUAGAUAUACUUUAGGGUUCAACUAAUUUGAAUUCGUCUCAACAAAUUUUAUUUUAGAGGAUAAAAUGCUUUUGUCAUUUUAUUUGUCAUGGUUAUUAAAAAUUGUUGAUCUAAAA